AUGUCCGAAUUCACUGAGGCAGACACGAUUCGGAUCCUCGUUGCGACGGACAAUCAUGUCGGCUAUGAAGAGCGAGACCCGAUCCGCAAGGACGACAGUUGGAGGACGUUUGACGAGAUCAUGGAGAUGGCAAAGAAGGAAGAUGUCGACAUGGUCCUCCUGGGAGGCGACCUCUUCCACGACAAUAAACCGUCUCGAAAGUCCAUGUACCAGGUCAUGCGCACCCUCCGAAGAAACUGCCUCGGCAUGAAGCCUUGCGAGCUCGAAUUCCUGAGUGACGCAAACGAAGUCUUCGAAGGCGCGUUCCCCCACGUCAACUACGAAGACCCCGACAUCAACAUAUCCAUCCCCGUCUUCUCGAUUCACGGCAACCACGACGACCCCAGCGGCGACGGCCACUUCUGCUCUCUCGACCUUUUGCAGGUCGCCGGCCUGGUCAACUAUUUCGGACGCAUCGCCGAGGCCGACAACAUCGAGGCGAAGCCGGUGCUGCUGCAAAAGGGGCAGACGAAACUGGCUCUCUACGGCCUCAGCAACGUCCGCGACGAGCGCAUGUUCAGGACCUUCCGCGAUCACAAGGUCAAGUGGUUCCGACCUAAUGUUCAACAGACUGACUGGUUCAACCUCUUGACCGUCCACCAGAACCAUCACGCCCACACCGCCACAUCCUACCUGCCCGAGAAUGUACUGCCUGACUUUAUGGACCUGGUCGUCUGGGGCCACGAGCACGAAUGCCUCAUCGACCCCUCACAGAAUCCCGAAACGGGGUUCCACGUCAUGCAACCAGGCUCUUCCGUGGCCACCUCCCUGGUCGCUGGAGAGGCUGUGCCCAAGCAUGUUGCUGUCGUCAGCAUCACGGGCAAGGACUUCCAGAUCAAAAAACUGCCUCUGAAGACGGUCCGCCCUUUUGUCACCAAGGACAUUGUCUUGGCCACGGACAAGAGAUUCAAGGGCGUGGACAAGAUGAAGGACAAUCGCCAAGAGUUGACAAAGCGGCUGAUGAAGGUCGUGGACGACAUGAUCGAGCAGGCCAACGCCGACUGGCUCGCCAUUCAGGACGAGGAGGAGGAUGCGGAGGAAGCUCCGCUGCUUCCACUGAUUCGCCUCAAAGUCGAGUACACAGCACCCGAAGGCGGCCAGUACGACUGCGAGAACCCGCAGCGCUUCUCCAACCGCUUUGUCGGCAAGGUGGCCAAUACCAACGACGUCGUCUACUUCCAUCGCAAAAAGACGACGGCAUCGCGAGGCAAACAGACGGCCGAACUGCCAGAAGGCAUCGAUGAGAAUUUGGGCCUCGAUACGGUCAAGGUGGAAGCGCUCGUGCAGGAGUUCCUCGCUGCACAGUCGCUCAAGAUCCUUCCUCAGGCGCCCUUUGGCGAUGCAGUGAACCAGUUCGUCAACAAGGACGACAAGCAUGCAAUGGAGAGCUUUGUCAGCGACUCACUGGCCAGCCAAGUGAAGCAGAUGCUGAACCUGGACUCGGAUGACGAGGAUCUCGACAGCGCCAUGGAGAAGAUCAGAGCAACUAUGGACAGCAAGUUCUCCAAGGGCCUCCUGAAGAUGGCGUCACGGCGGACCUACAAGGCGAAGCCCGAGGAAUGGGACUCGGACUUGGACGGCCACUGGGAGGAUCAGCCGGAGGCUCUCGAGGUGACACCGGCGGGACCCGGACGCGCGCCCGUGCGAGGGCAAGACGAGGACGCCAUGGAGCUCUCGGAAGAGGAGGCGCCCGUGAAGAAAGCACCAGCGAAAAGGGGCGCGGCCAAGACGGCCAAGACUCCUGCGGCGAAGAAGGCCCCGACGAAGAAGGCACCAGCCAAAAAAGCGCCUGCUCGAGGUCGAGGCAAGAAGGCGGCCAGCGAGGACGAGGACGAGGACGAGGACGUGGUGAUGGACGAUGACCCUUUCGCCGAUGAUCCCGCGCCUCAGCCCAAGCGAGCGCAGCGCUCGCAGCCUGCAAGGGCGCCUGCCAAGGGACGGCAGACCAAGCUCAACUUCUCGCAAGCGGCCGCGUCACAGAAAGCGGUUGAGAUCAGUGAUGAUGAGAUAUCGGGGGAUGACGACUUUGAGCCGGCGCCACCCACGACGCGGUCCCGUCGAAGGUGA